GAUCCACACAGCGCAACAGUCGACCGCUCCUUGACCCUUCUCAUAAUCCAUUUUGCACCACUCCCCCGCCCACAUCCAUCUCUGUCCAUGCCAUCAUGCACACGGUGGAAAAUUAGUCCGACGGGAAAGAAGAUCGAAAGCAAACCACAGCUGGCUCGGGCGCUCGGCGAUACGAUCGAUCUAUCAACGUUCGAUUACCCGGCGGGCCGUAUCAUAGCGCCUCCUUCGAUGGCUGCAGCACAGCUGCUGCACGCUCAUCACGGACCACAGAGCUAUCCGAUGCAUCAGCAGCAGCAACAACCGCACCAACAACACCAGGGGCAUCCAGGGGCUGCCCUUCGCCGGAAGCUACCGGCGGCCCUCGUAGGCAGUCCACUGUUCGGUGGUGCGACUAACGUUAUCUCGCUUGCUACCCCGAUCAGCUCGGGAGGUAACGCGAAACCUCCCUCCCAUCAGUACGAUUACAGGUAGUAGAAGUAGUAGCAGUAGCAUAGACCGGAACGAAUGCCGGUCCCUUCGCCGAUCAACCUAUACGUAAUGGCCAACCUAGAGCCAUACCUCUCUGCCUUCUCAAUCUUCUCCUGCUCCUCGUUGUUGUAUCUUUGCGCUUAACAUUAUGAUUCUGCUUCGCCUUCGAUUUUUGGUUCGCCUUCGU